AUGGAUGUACAAACAGAAAACACGGACCCCCCACCCGGUGAAUCCCAGCCGAGUGGAAAAAUACGAAAAGGAUUUAAGCUGUUUGGCAAACGCAAGCCAGGUAACAUCUUUUCAAUUCGGAGCAAAGGGGAUGGGAACAGCAAGUCACCUGUUAUCAGGAGCAACACCCUGGAUGGAUUAUCAGAGAAUGCUGCAACAGAUUCGGAGCAGGAUUCAGAGAAGGGACAGGAGGUGAGUCAAGGAGAGAGGGAGCAGGCCGAUGAAGAGCUCCUCAGUGAAGAUGGCGUUCUGGCUGCUGCCCCUCCUCGCACCUCCAUUUCUUCAGCUUGCUCAGCCAAGUCCCUCAGCUUCCUGUCAUUACUGAGGGGUGGCAGGAGAGGUGUGGGGGACCGGCGGGUCCACACCGUGUCCCAGCCUGUGGGUCGGCAACGUCUUGGGCUGAAAGGUCUCUUUGGCAGUGUAAAGUUCCGCUCAAAAGACAAAGAGGACAAGGAGGACAUCCCACCAAGCCCACUUCUCAUGUCGUCCCGUGCCAACAGUGUGGAAAUCAUCAAAGAGGACCUUACCCUCACCCCCAAAUCCCCUCGAUCUCUGGAAAGCCCUGAGACUGAGAGCAGUGAGCACCUCAAGAGUUUAAUGACACCAGACGGGGAUGCCACACCCCCACCAGAGAACAUAACUCCCCAGGUAACAACAGGGAAAGUGAGCAGUUCCGAUGAGCCUGCUUCUGAACCACCUUUGGUACCUGGGGAUACCAGCCUGAGCUCCUUGUUGGCAGACAUAUCUUCUCUCUUGACCUUUGACUCAAUCUCAGGGGGUAAGGACAUCAUGGCUGAUGUGGAGGCAGAGUGGGGAAAAGCCAGCAGUGCCAUAAGUGCUGUGGUGAGUGAAGUCCCGUCAUCAUCCACAUCUCUAUUCUCCAAACCCACCAUGUCCUCUCCACUGACUUCUACCUCAGUCAGUGCAGCUGCUAUGGCAAAACCCUAUUCUAUAGCCGCCUCCACGACAGCCCAGAGCCAACCAUUUACUCCUCUGACAAAGUCGACUUUACCCUCUAUCAUCCAAACACCAACCACAUCCUCCACUCUGACACCGAACUCACUCAAAGUUUGCUUGGGUUCUACUACCACUUCUACUAACACUGAGAAUAAAUCUAACUCAUUAACCACCACAACAAAAAUAUCAACUACCGCUGUCACAUUAACAAGCCUUUCAGCUCCAGUGAUGUCUUCCACUUCCAUCAUAAAUAAACCCACACAGAGCUCCACCUCUGCUACAACCACAGCUCCUCCAAAUGCCCCAGCCACCAUCAAAGCUUCCCUUACUACUCCACCUCUUACCUCAAUGGCCGGCAAAGUGGCUUCAGAGAUUGCAGCACCACCAACAACAAUUGAUUCAGUAAGUAAUGCUAACUUUGUAGCGACUCUGCCUCUUGCGUCAGCUAAACCACCAGUAACACAUAGCCCUCCCUCCCGUAUUACCACCACUACACUGGAUUCAGGUAGCAGUUUGAAAUCUUCCAGUGCAAGAGAUUGUAAAGCUCCAGUGACAGUAACAGCAACCUGUACCGUCACAACCAAACCCUUCUGUCCUCCACCAGUUAUCACCUCCAAGGUGACAACAUUUACCACAUCAGCUGCAACCUCAAGCUCAGUAUCAAUGGCCAUGUCAAAGCCGACUCUUCCCUUGAGCUCAGUGGACCAAAAUAAGACCUGCCCCUUACUGGUCACCGCUCCAGAUCUUUGUCCUCCCGCAACUAAAACUCAACCCAGCCAUGCAUCUGUUGUAGCUCCAUCAUCAACUUCUUCAGAUAGGGUUUCUGCCACAACAAAAUCCAAUCCUGCAGUGGUCUCUGUAGAUAAGAUAACUCCUGCUCCAACACUUACUGCAGCCCCUACUGCUGAUGCUUUUGUUCCCACAGGCCUCCCAACACCUCCUGCUCUGGGUCAUAGCGCUAAAGCUCCCACUGCUCGGGCUGAAAUCCCAAUCUCAGUAUGCAAGGAUACCCCGACUACAACCCACAUCCCAAUUUCUGUAUCUAAAGAUGGUCCUGCCCCUGCUCAGAUCCCUGUUUAUGUAUCAAAAGACACUCCGUGGCCUGCUAAAAUCCCAGUUUGUCAUUCGAAAGCCUCCCCCGUGCCUACGCUUGCAACUUCUUCUCCUUCUCCCACUGCACCUUGGCCAAGUGCAAGCGUAGCCUCCCCCGUGCCUACGCUUGCAACUUCUCCUCCUUAUCCCACUGCACCUUGGCCAAGUGAACCCGCAGUCUCUGCUGUAACAAGAGGACGUGGACAGGUGACAGUUGAUGGCCAACUCGUUGAUUCAAGUAGCACACCGGGAGGUAUCACGGGUGCUAAAACAGAAGAACUGAACAGUGAGACCCAAACAAUCCACCAGUUUGCCUCCAAAGAAAGGAAAACACCACAGGUGAAGGCAUCAGGUCUUAGCAAAAUACCUGUAGUUGGAGGUGGCAGAACAGGCAAGCAAUCUGUCCGAGACAGCCAACAUGUUGAUAAUGAAUCAAGCAGAGACCCGCCUACUCCUGUGUUAGAGGAGGAGAGGCAUUUCAACUCACAUAAUGCAGGGAGAAGCAGAGAUAAAGUCAGUGAUGUUGAGGCCAAUGUAUCCACCUUAAUACACACUCAGGAGGAGGAUCAGCAACCAGCCCAGCCAAAGGUUCUCACCAGUUUAUCACGUGACUCAAAGAUCCCCGUGAAACACAGCACACAGUCUCACACUGCCUCCCAAAUCCCUCAGCCUAAAGAACCCUCUCGCACCAAGAUACCCGUGUCCAAGGUUCCUGUCCGCAGGGCAGCUCAUAAACCUGCAGCGGCAGGAAGCAGCACCCAGAUCAGAAAAUGA